AUGUGCAUCCUUCUCCACCUCCUCCCCUUCCUGGGCGUCGCCCUCGCAACCCCAUUACACCCACCUGCACCUCCGCCUCCACCUUCACAUGCACCCGUACCCGCACCACCUCUUCCUCCUCUCCACCCCCACACUCACACCCCGAAAACCAACAUCAAAUGCCCCAUACUCUUCGACGGCCGCAUCACCAAGAACCUAACCCUCCAAUCCUUCGACACAGCCACCGGCUCCACCCCCUACAACCCCGACUACGUAAAAGGCGAAAACCGCACCUGGUCAUCCAUCCUCCUCUUCCCCUCCGUCAAAAUCACGCCUCCAUCCCGCUUCGACAACCCGCUCCAGCACAAACCACUCGAAGUAACAAUCGACUCCGGCUCCCUCUUCCGCGCAGGCGAAAACCUGCAAACGGGGUUCCGCCGCGCCGGUCUCCUUUUCAAAGAGGACCAGAAUGAUGCUGGGGCUGAUGCAUCGGAUAACGGGGUUGUGACGUUCCAUUGGAGUAUCCGGCAGGAUGAACACAGGCCGCUUAAUCUGAGCCAUGAGUAUAUGAAUGUGUGGCAUGAGAAGGGUGAUUAUAGCGGUAACCAAUUCAUGUUUGUGGGUGGUGUUGUGUUGGUGGGUGAUGGCGGGACGGGUGUAGAUACGAAAAAGGAGAGGGAGAUGUGGAAGGUGCAGAAUGCGAAGAAUGAGUUUGUGUUUCAGACGAGGAUAGUGAGGGGGGAGUGGCAGAAUUUUGGGGUGCAGUUGGAUUAUGUUGGGGAGUAA